UGACGUCAGCGGUGAUUUGGAAGAUGUAGCUGGAAGUUGAGCAAGGUGGCCUUUUGUUUUGAGUUAGGGCUUAUCUGUUAAUUUUAAUGCACACUGCGUUUUAUACGAGCUCACAUGGCGUAAAGUGUACACACACCAAGUUGAAAGACCACAGCAGACGCCACCAUCAUGCCUCAGAAGGUCCAGAAGAACUCUCAGACGGCUCACUACAUCGAGCUCGGAGGUUAUCAGUACUGGCCGGUGCUGGUGCCCAGCGGCAUCCGCCUCUACACCUACGAGCAGAUCCCGGGUUUCCUGAGGGAGAAUCCCUACAUCACAGACGGAUACAGAGCCUACCUGCCCUCCAGACUGUGCAUUAAAAGCCUUUUUGUCCUCUCCAAUGAGACAGUGAACAUUUGGAGUCACCUGCUGGGCUUCCUGCUCUUCUUUUGCCUGGCCGUCUACAACAUGGCCUGCGUGCUGCCGGACCUUGGCGCCUCCAGAGAAGACUACGUCAUCUACUCCAUCGGACUCUUCUGCGUUAAGCUGUGCUUGCUGUGUUCCGUGGGUUAUCACCUGUUCUGCUGCCACCGCUCCGAGAAGACGAGCCGCCGCUGGAUGGCCCUGGACUACGCCGGCGUCUCCAUCGGCAUCCUGGGCUGCUACGUGCCGGGCGUCUUCUACACCUUCUACUGCAAUAACUACUGGCGUCAGGUGUACCUGGUGACGGUGCUGGCGAUGAUCCUGGCCGUCUUCUUCGCUCAGAUCCACCCCCACUACCUCGGCAAGCAGUGGAAGAAGCUCCGCUCGCUCAUCUUCUGCUCGGUGGCGUGCUACGGCCUGGUGCCCACCGUGCACUGGAUCUGCAUCGACGGCGGCUUCACGGACGAGCUCGUGCAGGUGAGUCACGCCGGCCGUCCGUCCGGCACUCAUCCAGGACGCCAACGACGCCGUCAUCUUUCAGGCCUUUGUUCCCCGCGUGCUGCUCAUGUAUUUGAUGGCGGCGUUGGCGCUCGUGUUCUUCGUGUCCAAAGUACCCGAACGCUACUUCCCAGGCCAGCUGAACUACCUGGGCUCCAGCCACCAGGUGUGGCACGUGCUGCUGCUGCUCAUGUUCUACUGGUGGCACCAGUCGUCGUGCUUCAUCAUGGCGUACCGACACAGCCGGCCGUGCCCGGACGCCGUCACGCACUCGUAGCCGCGCCGUGUUUUUCCCAUGUGGAACAUUUGAAACACCGCAGCCGCUUUACCGGUUUCCAACCCGUGACGCCUCCUGAGGACGCGUUCGGUCCAUUUUUAGCAUUUCAUGUUGAAAACAUGUUAACCAUAUAUGCUUGUUACGGUUACAGAUGAAAAUAGCAAAAAGUGGCUGCUGAAAGUACAUGAAUGACUAACACGGCGCCACCAGGUGCUGCUAGUGAGUGAAAUGUUUGAGUACACUGGAAAAUAACCAAGCCGCCGCGAAUGUCAGCCGUAUUUUUGUUUGACUGUACGGUGAAGCGGACGACACUACGAUUGGUGGACUCUGGAGGGGGUUGAUCACAGCGCGGGGGAGCGAACAGAACAGGAACAAUCAUUUGUCAAAACACGAGCGUGUUCACUUUUCACGCUUAAAACCACAGCAGCAUUUGAUCAACUAGAUAAAAAUACACUCGUUGACUCGGUUCAUUUGGACACAGUGGAACCUCGGUUUUUGUACGCCCCGGGUUUUUUACGAAAAUUAUCGCUAGAAAUAUGUCCGUUUUCGAUCACGUACUCUGUUAUCGUGCGGCCAAAGAGUGCCCAAACAGAAAAUGGAUAGCGGUUCUUUCAGAGUUGGGACACUACAGCCCGAUUCCGGCCAGGCGUGUUCGGAGAACGCACACAGGACGACUCUUCCCUCCUAAUAAGCACUGCGCGCACUACCGCGCAUUUCUGAGUGUUCGACAAAUCUGUACCUCCAAAAAAAUAUUUAAAAAGUUGUAAGGGCCAGAACUUUUGAUAAGUUGAGAAACACUACUGAAUUCAAGAAAGAAGUCGUAGCAAAGUUGGAAGGUAGCCUCUGUUGCAAUGGAAUAGCAACGUACUGAAUACUGAACACGCGUUGCAGGUCGUCAAAAGGCUGAAUUAAGGGCGACACAUGACGGAUAUGUGGAAUGAUUGUACCUAAGCAAGUAUACGUCUCUCACCGGCCACAGUACGUUCCUCGUUUAUACGGAUUUCUGCAUGUCUUAUUCACAAUAAAUGGGAUUUAAAAUUUUUUUUUUAAUUCCGAUGAAAAAAUUGAUUGGACUUUCUGGAACUGAGGUUCCGCUGUACGUAUGUGUUGUUCAUGUGGUUGAAGUUUUAGAUUUUAGAAGUUUUAGUUUGACUUUUUUUUGUAUUUAUUAUUUUCCAUCUUUGUAACGUUGUCACCCAAUAAAAGAAGCUGAGAAGA